CAGUUCAGUUUUCUGUUGCAUCCCAGCAGUGCAUCCCAGCAGUGCAUCCCAGCAGUGCAUCCCACAAGUAACAUCAGCUCCAGCCUAGAACAAUGUCGGCCCAGUCGGACCUCAUUCACAUGUUCAAUGGAAUUCCCUUCACAACAAAAUCAUCAGCUGAUCUGCUGAGAUCCUUGAACAACUUCCAAGCCAGGGAUGAUGACCUUCUGCUGGUGUCUUAUCCAAAGUCCGGCACCCACUGGCUGGCCGAAAUUCUGAAGCAACUGUACAACACCAAAGCCCCCAACAAGGUCUCUAUAACUUCUCCUAUUGAGUUUGGAGAUGUGGGAAAGCUUGAGGAACUGAAUUCUAUCACUGCCAGGAGGAUCAUCCCAACACACCUGAGCUGUGAGAUGAUCCCGAAUGACUUCAAGGACAGGAAGUGUAAGGCUAUUUACAUCAUAAGAAACCCAAAAGACACAGCAGUUUCCUUGUUUCACUACUACAAAGAUAACCCCAACCUCCCCACCAUUGAAUCCUGGCAUUCUUACUUCGACAUGUUCUUACAUGGACAAGUUGUGUGCGGAUCCUGGUUUGACCAUAUCUUGGGGUGGGAGGAGCACAGGAAUGAAAUGUCAACUCUCUUCUUGUACUACGAGGCCAUGAAGAAGGACCUCCCCAAAUCUGUAAGAAAAAUCAGCUCUUUCCUCAACAUCAAUCUCAGUGAGAAUGAAAUCAGUGGCAUCUGCAAGAAGACCUCAUUCGGUGAGAUGAAAACCAACGUGGAGAAAGAGAGCAAUGACCCAAACCACACAGUGUGCGCUCUGACAACUAACAAGAAGCUCAUCUUCAGGAAAGGGGCCGUUGGUGACUGGAAACAAUAUUUCACGCCAAAACAGAACCGAUUAUUGGAUGAACUCUACAAGGCAAAGAUGGAUUCCAGUUGUUUGGCCAAGAACAUUGUCUACGAGUAAUAAAAAUGAGGCCUAAUAGUGAUUGUUACAAAAUCCCUGUAAAUCUGAGACAAAACAAGUGUGAGAUGUUACAAUCCCUGGCAGAAAACUCUGCACCCCCAAAAUCAUGAGAAAGGCCCCAAACAUGAAGGGUCAGAGAUUUAUUCUGUGUGCUGAUUCAUAAAUGGCUGCCGGAGUCGCCUAUCGAUUUCUUUCCUUAUGCUGGUGACCCCCAAUCCCACCUGUUGCCCCAUUCCUAUGGCCAUUUCUUCUGCGGUACAAGGGAAAUGUCUAUCUAAAUGUCAAUCCUGAUUGUAAUGAAUGUUCCUUGUGUUGUAACAAUGUAGAUCAGUACUAGAGCUGAUGUAUGUAACGAGUUUAAUACUAAUUAGAUGGAAGGUUCUUCUUCAUCAGAGAAAUGAAAAGCACUUUAUCCUUAGGGGAAGAAUCAGUCCAUCCUAAUUGUGACGGACAAACAAAUGUUCAUUAUUAUCUGAGGGCCGACAUUUAAGUGGCUGGUUUGAAGCCCCCAUUGCUAAAGAAACGGGGGGCUCUGCUGCCAAUGGAGCCUCCCUGGUUGAGGCAGAGAAACUACAGAGCUAAUAGACACCUAUAGGAAAGAACUGGUGCGCCUUGUAUCUUCCCCCAUUAUACAAGGCAGGAAGCCAGCGGUGCUCAGUAAUCUGCUUCCCCUGCUACAUAACAUUCAUUUAGCAUCCGCUGUUGGGCACAAUUGUUGUUUAACUUGGACUCUCUGCAUUCACUUUCUGUCUUGUCAUUGCAGGGAUAAUGUUUCUUUCAAUAACAGAGAGUCCCAAAACUAGAGCAAUACCCUCAGGCCUGUCCCUUAUAAGUGUCAAUCCAAAGCUGUGAGUUGUGUUGUUUUUCUGUGAGUCGCAUCAAUAUACUCACCACUAGGGUGAAGGUAAACUGUACUGUUUUAUGCAAUGAAUAAACUAUACAACUUCUUC